AUGUCGACAAUGUUGUUAAAAAAUGCGCACUUCGAUGCCUCGCUGCGCAACUUCGAUGCCUCGCUGCGCAACUUCGAUGCCUCGCUGCGCAACAUCGUGACCUGGCUGCGCAACAUCGUGACCUCGCUGCGCAACAUCGUGACCUCGCUGCGCAACAUCGUGACCUCGCUGCGCAACAUCGUGACCUGGCUGCGCAACAUGCGCUACACAGCUACACAGUACACAAGCCCACAGCUACACAGCUACACAGUACACAAGCCCACAGCUACACAGCUACACAACUCCAGCUACACAGUACACAAGCCCACAGCUACACAGUACACAAGCCCACAGCUACACAGUACACAAGCCCACAGCUACACAGCUACACAGUACACAAGCCCACAGCUACACAGCUACACAGUACACAAGCCCACAGCUACACAGCUACACAACUCCAGCUACACAGUACACAAGCCCACAGCUACACAGUACACAAGCCCACAGCUACACAGCUACACAGUACACAAGCCCACAGCUACACAGUACACAAGCCCACAGCUACACAGCUACACAGUACACAAGCCCACAGCUACACAGCUACACAGUACACAAGCCCACAGCUACACAGCUACACAGUACACAAGCCACAGCUACACAGCUACACAAUACACAAGCCCACAGCUACACAGCUACACAGUACACAAGCCCACAGCUACACAGCUACACAGUACACAAGCCCACAGCUACACAGCUACACAGUACACAAGCCCACAGCUACACAGUACACAAGCCCACAGCUACACAGCUACACAGUACACAAGCCCACAGCUACACAGCUACACAGUACACAAGCCCACAGCUACACAGCUACACAACUCCAGCUACACAGUACACAAGCCCACAGCUACACAGUACACAAGCCCACAGCUACACAGCUACACAGUACACAAGCCCACAGCUACACAGUACACAAGCCCACAGCUACACAGCUACACAGUACACAAGCCCACAGCUACACAGCUACACAGUACACAAGCCCACAGCUACACAGCUACACAGUACACAAGCCCACAGCUACACAGCUACACAGUACACAAGCCCACAGCUACACAGCUACACAGUACACAAGUACACAAGCCCACAGCUACACAGCUACACAGUACACAAGCCCACAGCUACACAGCUACACAGUACACAAGCCCACAGCUACACAGCUACACAGUACACAAGCCCACAGCUACACACCUACACAGUACACACGGUAAAUACAGCGACAGCCUACAGCUGUAA